AUGAUCCUAAUUCUGUUUUCCCUUAUUCCCGCUAUUCAAUGUCCCAACCCCCAUGCUGUGUACAACAUAACCUGGACUUUGAUUGGUCUCCGAGACAACCAGCCCCUUAAUCAGACCUCUAAGGUGGGGACUUUAGGCGCCACCUUUCCGAGCUUAAGCUUUGACCUCUGCAAAUUAAUCCCUGGAGCUUGCUGUGGGACAGGUGGCCGUUUCCAUGGGGUGUAUGCAUGCCCAGGGAAUGGGAGAGAACCAGAUCUCAUAACUUCGUGCAAGGGACCGGAAGUAGGUUAUUGUGCUGUAUGGGGCUGUGAGACCGCUGGGACCACUUACUGGAAACCCAGCUCUAGUUGGGAUUUGAUUAAGCUGUCAGAGACAGGGUCUAGAAUAUGCACAGGUACCAACCGGCUAACUUUAGAACUCACAGAGAACGGGAAAAAGGCCGACUGGAGCCUCCAGAAGACAUGGGGCAUUUAUGUUUAUCUCCCUGAUUGGGGAUGGAAAGAUCCCUUCGGCCUCAUUACAAUAAGGAGAGAAUACUCAGUCCUUGCCCCACCUCAGUCAGUCGGACCUAACCCCGUUCUUCCAGACCAACGCCCGGCCUCGGUACCUAGAGCUCCCUCACUGGAUAGUCGGAAUCAAACCCAUAGCAGACCCCAGACACCCCUAAGUCCUACCCCAACCACACCAGGUACCGGGGAUAGGCUCCUAAAUCUAAUCAAGGGGGCAUUCCAGGCACUUAAUCAAUCUGAUCCUGGAAAAACUAAGAGCUGCUGGCUGUGCCUUAAUCCACAGCCCCCCUACUAUGAGGGCAUUGCCAUUCAGGGAAAUUACUCUAACCAUACAGAAGCCCCCCCCGCAUGUCUAACCGGGGAACAUCAGUUAACCCUGACUCAGGUGACCUCUAGUGGCACCUGUAUCGGAAACCCCCCUACUACCUCCAAGUUCUGCAAUGAAACUGCAAUAAUCUAUCCUGGUAAUUAUUAUCUAGUACCUCCUAGUGGUACCUAUUGGGCAUGCAGUACGGGGCUCACCCCAUGUGUGUCAGCAACAAUGUUAAACUCUACCCGGGAUUUCUGUGUCCUAAUUCAGCUGUGGCCUCGGAUUUACUGGCACGAGGAUGACUAUGUACUGAAUUUUUAUGAGAAUUCCCCCACCAGGUUUAAGAGAGAGCCUAUCUCCCUCACCUUGGCCGUUCUGCUAGGAGUAGGAGGUAUCACUGCAGGAAUAGGUACGGGGGCCACCGCGCUUGUCCGUACAGACCAAUACAUGCUUUUACACCAGGCGAUGAACCAAGAUCUGCUCGCCUUGGAAAAAUCCGUCCGGGCUCUUAAGGACUCCCUUACCUCUCUAUCCGAAGUAGUAUUACAAAAUAGACGGGGUUUAGAUUUGUUAUUCCUAAAACAGGGAGGCUUGUGUGCUGCCUUAAAAGAACAAUGUUGCUUCUAUGCUGAUCAGACUGGGAUAGUCACUGAGACUCUAGACAGGCUCAAACAUAGAUUAGAAGAAAGGAAACGACACCUUGAGUCUCAACAAGGAUGGUUUGAAAACCUUUAUAAUAGAUCACCCUGGUUCACCACAUUGGUAUCCACCCUAGCUGGACCCUUAGUCCUACUCCUUCUUAUUUUAACCCUGGGACCUUGUAUACUUAAUCGACUGGUCCAAUUUGUGAAGGAACGGCUGUCUGUAGUGCAGGCGUUAGUCCUCACAAGCCAGUACCAGGCAUUGAGGACCGAAGAUCCAGACAUGUUAUGA